GUAACCACGGUAACUCGCCAUGUCUCGCGUGAGUUCCGUUGAUAUUGCGCGAGAGAAGCUACAUAUAUGGAAAGAGGAGCUCAUGCGAUGAAGUGGAAAUCAAAUGAUUGAUGAAAUUUUCAAAAGGCACAGCCAGCCUCAGAAUUUUUUCGCCGGCCGGCUGCUACGAUAGCUGGUACGCAAGAAGCCAUCACCGCAGCUUCAACAGAUAUCCAGACCCACCCUAUCUACGAGGAAGCCCGGAGGGAAUUUGAACAUUUCCGAUUGCUAUUAUUUUUGGGGGGAGCUAACGAUGCUAAAGUUAGCUUUGUUUACAUGGAGCGCGCGCCUCGUACCCACUAUCUCGUUGCUAGCCGAGUCGAUAUAACCACUUAAGUAUUCACCCGGUAUUUAAAUUAAGGGACUGUAUUGGGACUUUUGUGCGGAAACAAUUAAUGGCAGCGGCUUUUCUUCCGAGUCAACUACCGCCGACGGCACUGCGAGCGAGCUAGUUAGCCAAGCUAACAAGCCAGCUACCGUUAAACAACGCGAACCCUUGAAGAUGGCCCGACAACCACAACUUUCAUCCAGACUGGAGUAAUAAUGUGAAGAACAAUGACGACGUACGAGUGAGCGUUUCCAUAAAGCUCUGAGUUUUUAAAAACAAUAUUUGCAUUCAAAUCACUAAGCGGGGAUGCUAGUGCUAUUAGCAUUUUAGCUCCUGCGUUUGUGAGCACUUCUCAUUCAUAUGCGGACGCUAACCCUGCCAGCCUGCGGCGUAACUUCUGCCCCGAGAUUGGACUAAAGGGAGAAAUUUAUAUAGCCCCACUGCAUUCUUUGGAUAACCCCCACCCUUCUCAACCCCAACUCCUCCAGAGAGACGGCGAUGAACCCGGUUAACGCGGCCGCCCUGUACGUGUCCGCCAGUCGGGCCGUGCUGCAGUGUGACCCGCGGCAACCUCACACUUUCUCGGACAUGUACACGCUGAUGCCUUUCUUUCGACAGUCGCUGGCUUGUCUCGUCUGUGGUGAGCUGGUACGCGAUCCUUGGUCGGCGCCUCACCCCGGCUGUCCGCACCAUGUCUGUCUCGGUUGCCGGGGCCAGAAGGUGGGACGGGCAGCAUGCGGCCGCUGCCGGGACGCAGCGGGUUUCCAGGAGGACAAGCAGUUGUCCCUGCUUGUGCAGCUCUACCGGAAGCUGUGCGUUUAUGUGGCACACUCAGGGCUUCUGCCGUGCGUCAGCGCCAACGCUGAGCUCAUGGCGCUACUGGAGGAGGUACUGGUGGCACCCGCGGAGGAUGCAGAGUCACCGGACGCCCUAGAUUCCUGCGCAAAAACUGUGGAUGGCAAACCUGCGGAGGACGGUGAAUUGGUAAAUGCCGGGUUGGAAGACAGUGACCUGAUGGAUGGCAAGCUGGUGGAGGAUGGCGACUUGGAGCCAGACGCCUCCGCCGAGUCCCCGCUGACUACUAACGAGGAGCCGCACGUACCCGCCGAGCUCUACCAAGAGCCCGGAGAAUGCAACGGAGCGCUUCUGGAGGGCCUGGAGCCCUCCUCGCCUGAGCUGGAAGUCUGCGAGCUGAUGGAGGAGACGCCACCCCCGCCGGCGGGCCUCUCGGUUUCCGACACAGCCACGCUGGAGCUCAGUCUCACCACUGGACCCUUCACCACGGGAGCAUUCCCCACAGGAGCCUUCGCUCCCGCAUCGGGCGGGAGGGAGCUGGAGGAGGGCGAGGUACUCCUCCUUAGCGUAGAAGAGGUCCUACAGACUCUGGACCCCCUCCAACCGCCCGCCGACAACACCCAGGACCGACACGCCCACAUGUACUUGCAGCUGGACGCCGCCCACAACUACACGCAGCUACACACAGACAGGACUCACAUGAGCCCCGUGUUCCCCCCGCCCCCUCUCGCUCCCCUUCCCGCUCCCUCCUCGCCCUCACCGUCACGCCACAAACGCAAGCGCUCGCGAUCAGAGAGUGACCGCGAGCAGGUCAAGCCGCUCCCCAUUGCCUCUAUCCUCCAGGGCCCGACGUCACCACGCACGCAGCAUGCCGCCACGCCCUCAUUCGCCGCGCCGCCGCACACCUACUCGUCACUCUACAACGGGGUGCCGCCCAAGCCUGCCCGCCACCAUCAUCACCACCAUCACCACCACCACGGCAAGGGCUCCCGGAAGCACGUUGAGCUGGGCGCCAAGAAGAAGGCACGGUCGGGCAGCAAGAGCAAAGAACGCAGCAAAGAACAGCGGCUGCAGCUGUCUGGCUGCCUGGUGCCCCCUGUGCCGCCACGGCCUCCCUACAAGAAACCCGUGGAAAAGAAAGGCUGCAAGUGCGGCCGCGCCACACAGAACCCCUCGGUGCUAACCUGCAGGGGGCAGCGCUGUCCCUGUUACUCCAACCGCAAGGCGUGUCUGGACUGCAUCUGCCGCGGCUGCCAGAACUCUUACAUGGCCAACGGCGAGAAGAAACUGGAAGCCUUCGCCGUGCCCGAGAAAGCGCUUGAGCAGACGCGGCUUACGCUAGGCAUCAACUUGACCAGCAUCACUGCGGCCGCCGCCCUCCGCAGCCCAGCGGGCAGCGGCCUACGCACCGGCACCCUGCUCAACGUGGCCACGGCGACCGGCGCGCCCGUGGCCACUGCCUUCCUGUCGGCCAGCAGCCCGCCGAGGGACCCCGCCUACGAGGACAGCCUGGAGCUGCUCAUUGGCUGAAGUCUGCGAGGAGGUGGGCCAGACAUGUUGAUUUAGAUUUUUCCCGGUGCUCAUUGAAUGUCACGGCUGCUCGCCACAUCCGGCCCUCUGAAGGGGGCGCACGAUGGCAGCUGCUCUUCAUCGACAGUGGAAAACGCGCUGUAGUCGGACUAGCGUGGGUGUGCCAAACCUCCUGUAUCGUGCCUGCGUGUUUGUUUGUGCGUGGAUGGUCUCAAUUCCUCCCUUUCCUCAUAAAAAAAGCCCCCUCGAAGGCAAUAGUUUUUCACAUACAAAGCAACCCUGACAUCAAAAGCACUUGAUUGCUAUUAAAGACAACCCAGGCUUUAGGUUGUUGUUACUGUUUUAUUCCCUCCCUACAACAUUUUUUUUUGUAAGAAAGAAAGCGUGUGUGCGUGUCGUCCUCGUGCAUUAUCACUGUAUCGGUCCAGCAAACAAGGGACCAACGGAAUAUGAAUAAAAACAAAAAACUACAAAUGAGCAACAGAGUGAGGACUCUGUAAAUAAAGCAUCUCCCCAUAGGUAGCAAGUGGGUUAUGUAAUAACAAUGGCUACGUUUACAUGGACACUAAAAUCCUCAUCAGAUAAAAAUGCUUUAUGUACAAACCCUAAUCAGAAUAUUCUAACCCAAUCCAGCCCAUUCGGAUCGAAAUUCUAUUCCGAACGAGAGGUGUCGUUUACAGUGGGGCAAAUAAAUAUUUAGGUCAACCACUAAUUGUGCAAGUUCUCCCACUUGAAAAUAUUAGAGAGGCCUGUAAUUGUCAACAUGGGUAAACCUCAACCAUGAGAGACAAUGUGGAAAAAACCCCAGAAAAUCACAUUGUUUGAUUUUUAAAGAAUUUAUUUCCAAAUUAAAGGGGAAAAUAAGUAUUUGGUCAAUCCCAAAAGUUCAUCUCAAUACUUUGUUAUGUACACUUUGUUGGCAAUAACGGAGGCCAAACGUUUUCUGUAAAUCAUCACAAGCUUUUCACACACUGUUGCUAGUAUUUUGGCCCAUUCCUCCAUGCAGAUCUCCUCUACAGCAGGGAUGUUUUGGGGCUGUCGUUGGGCAACAGGAGCAAACAAAAACUUAUCUUUGGUUGGUCUUAAGUGGGAGCAGCAGGAUUCAGCCAUGUGAAAUGUGUAGUGUUAUAUUCACUGUUGCCACUAGAGGGGCAGUGUAUCCACCCAAAUCAAUAAAACUAAAUGCAAACACUUUCAAAAUGAACCAUUACAGCGCCACUUCAAUGAAUACUCGAAGCACCAAAAUUUAAUUUGAAUCUUUUUUUUCUAAUCGAAUUACUCGAGUUGAUCAAUUAAUCGUUGCAGCACUACUCCGAUCAUAAUUUCAAUCCGAAAAAUGAUCAAAUUAAGGAUAUUUUGUCCAUGUAAACGUACCCACUGUUCAGCAUAUAUAAUGUAAUCUUCCUAUAUGUGUGCGUUUGUGUCUUUUUGGGCAUUACUUGAAGCCAGAUUAGUUUUAGUUUUUUUUGUUUUUUUUUGUAUUGCAAAAAGUGUUGGAUGAAAACAUUCACUGCCAUAAGAACAUGGACACGUUCAGUAAGAAAGACACGUCAAUUAAAUAAUAGUUUUUUACUUUUUCACUGGUGUUUGUGUCCAUCUCUGUGUGUGAAUUCAGUCUUUUAAUAUACCGUAAUUUCUGGACUACUGGGCGCCCCUGAUUACAAC